CUGCUUCGCUCUGCGUCUGCGCACUCGACGCCCCUCCGCGCGCGCCUCCCCCCCGCUCCCCAGAACGAGCGGAGCUGGAGACGCACGCUCGCGCCAGCAGGUUCCCUCCGGCUGCACGAGCCCCUUAAACCGAUGGGCUGCGCCAUGUCGGCUCUGGCGGCCAGGGCUGCGCUCGCGGGAAGAAGCCCCGAGGACGCCGCUACCGCCGCGCGCCCCGGGCGCGAGCAGAUCCACAUGAUCAAAGAGUCGUGGAAAGUUAUCCGGGACGACAUAGCCAAAGUUGGGAUUAUCAUGUUCGUCAGGUUGUUUGAGACCCAUCCCGAGUGCAAAGACGUCUUCUUCCUGUUCCGAGACGUGGAGGACCUGGAGGGGCUGAGGACCAGCCGGGAGCUCCGGGCCCACGGCCUGCGGGUGAUGUCGUUCAUAGAGAAGAGCGUGGCGCGGCUGGAGCAGCUGGACCGGCUGGAGGCGCUGGCCGUGGAGCUGGGCAGGAGCCACUACCACUACAACGCCCCCCCCAAGUACUACGGAUACGUGGGGGCGGAGUUCAUCUGUGCCGUGCAGCCAAUCCUGAAGGAGCACUGGACGGCCGAGCUGGAGGAGGCCUGGAAGACCAUGUUCCAGUACGUGAGCGGCCUGAUGCAGCAGGGCUACCAGGAGGAGAGCGCCCGCCAGCAGCAGCUCAGCCCCCCCCCGAAGGACCGGCCCGACCGGAGGACCACCGCCCUGUGA